AUGUGGAGGCAACCUAACGCACGCGGAGGUCAGAUGUACGAAAGCCGGUGGAGAACCAAGACAAACAUACAGCAAGAUGCUGAAAAUCAGGAGGCACAAGGGAAAGUCCGGUUCUACAACAAUGAAACUUGGAGUUAUGCGGAUUCUGCAUGCGAGUUACGGAUGACUCCGGUCACCUCCAAAGGGAAUGCCCCCGAGUGA